AUGCUGCCUCUCGGCUCCCUGUCCGCGCUCCUCGUCCUGCUCCUCCUCUGCCCCCCUCAGCUGUCCGCGCAGGACCUGCAGAUACGUCUGGCAGGACAAGGUCGGCGAAGUGCAAACGAGGGCCGUGUGGAGAUCUUCUACGAUGGCUCGUGGGGCACGGUGUGCGACGAUGAUGUGAAUAUUAACCUGGCAAAUGUCCUGUGCAAGCAGCUGGGCUUUCAGCGGGGCCUCACCUGGGCCCACAGUGCCAAGUUCGGCCAGGGACAAGGUCUGAUCUGGUUGGACAAUGUGCGCUGUAAGGGCACAGAGCUCUCUGUGGCAGAAUGCCAUUUUAAUGGUUGGGGAAUCAAUGACUGCACCCAUGCUGAGGAUCUAGGGGUGAUUUGUAGCUCAGAAAGGAGACCCGGCUUCCCUGACGUUACUCUAGAAGAAGCACCUUCAUCCCCAUGGCAACAGCCAAACCAACAAAGAAGUCCAGCACCAUCGCAGUCUCUGUCCCCUGCAGCUCCACCGGCUCCCCCGGCAAACAUUCCCUCAAACCCCGCAAGAGGCCACGAGAUCGCCCUUCAUCGCAACCCAUCCACCUCCUAUCGCAGCAACCUCUCCCCUCGGGAAAACGGCCACGAGAUCCAGAUCCUGAGGCGGAAUCGAGGAGGUUCAAGAGCAAACUACCAGAACAGGCCGGCUUUGCCGCAAGGACACCAGCUGCCCUCGCGCCUGGCAAACAUCGAGACCUACAGGCAGAGACAGGAGACGAUGAGGACCGGUCCACAGGCGAUGAGACGGGAGGCAGAAGGGCAAGGGAACGGGGAGCCACAACCCCCAGCUCUCUCCCAGAUCCAGUCUGAGAGGAGCAGCGACAGGCACCAGCAGUUCAGUGGGAACCACGUCGAAACAGAUCCAGUUUAUCCAGACAUGGACCUGGAGACUGACACACAAUACGCACAGGGUUCUGAGAGGGCCCACUUAGAGGAGGCUCGUCUGCGUCCAGUCCUGUCCAGCAGCCACGGUGGUCUCGUGACAGAGGGAGUGCUGGAAGUGAAGCAUGCUGGGAAGUGGCGUCAAGUGUGCAACCAGGGUUGGGACUUGAGCAGCAGCCGAGUCGUGUGUGGCAUGUUGGGAUUUCCUGAAGCCGAACCGUUGGACCAAACCCCCUACAGGAAACUUUGGGACUCCAAGUUAGCUGAUCCUUCAUCAAGGUUGAGGACACAGAUCAGUAAGAAGGCUUUCUGGGUGGAGAAGGUGCAGUGCCAGGGCUUUGAGGUGUCAUUGGAACAGUGUGUCGCUCAGCUGUCCCUCCCCAGAAGUGAUGUUCCCUGCAUGGGGGCCAUGCACGCAGUGGUCCGCUGCGCCCCUGGAUACCAGUUUACACAUCAUGGCAGAGCACCUGCUCCCCCCGCCGUGCCGCCUGUUGUUCGUCUGAAGGCCGGGCCUCGUCUUGGGGAGGGCCGUGUGGAGGUGCUGAAGGAGGGCAAGUGGGGCACGGUGUGCGACCACCUGUGGGACCUGGCUGCUGCCAGCGUGGUCUGCAGAGAACUGGGCUUUGGGACGGCUAAAGAGGCUUUGACCAGAGCUCAACUGGGGCAGGGUACCGGCCCCAUCCACAUGAACAGCGUCCAGUGCACAGGCAGGGAGCGGUCACUUACAGAUUGUCGCUACAGGCCUGUACCACUCUACACCUGCAAACACAACCAAGAUGUAGCUGUCCGCUGCAACGUUCCCAACACUGGCGUGCAGGCCACUGUGCGCCUGGCAGGCGGCAGAGACCGCGGAGAAGGCCGUGUGGAGGUGCUGAUGGAGGAUGGAGGGGUGAAGCGUUGGGGCGCGGUCUGCAGCGAGAACUGGGGUCUCAACGAAGCCAUGGUGGUCUGCCGACAGCUGGGUUUGGGAUUUGCCUCCAGAGCUCAUCAGGAGACCUGGUACUGGCCGGGAUCUUCAGAUGCCAGAGAGGUGCUGCUGAGUGGGACCCACUGCGUCGGCACUGAGAUGUCUGUCCAGCAGUGUCGCAGAAAUACACACAUCUACUGUCCCCGAGGAGGAGAUGGCAAAGCUGCAGGAGUCACGUGUGUAGAGAAUGCUCCUGACCUUGUGGUGGACGCUCAGCUCGUCCAAGAGACGGCCUACCUGGAGGAUCGACCCCUCCACCUGUUGACCUGUGCUAACGAGGAGAACUGCCUGUCUUCCUCUGCUGCCAGAAUGAACUGGCCCUACGGACACCGGCGCCUGCUGCGCUUCUCCUCCCGCAUCAUGAACAUGGGUCUCGCCGACUUCAGGCCACGAGCUUCCAGAGAAAGCUGGACAUGGCAUCAGUGUCACAGGCACUACCACAGCAUUGAGGUGUUCACCCACUAUGAUCUGCUCACCCUCAAUGGGACAAAAGUGGCCGAAGGUCACAAAGCCAGUUUUUGUUUGGAGGAUACCUACUGCCCCGAAGGCCUCCAGAAGCGAUUCGCCUGCUACAACAUGGGAGAUCAGGGCAUCUCUGUCGGCUGCUGGGACACGUACCGCCACGACAUCGACUGUCAGUGGGUCGACAUCACAGACGUGCGACCUGGUGAAUACAUCUUUCAGGUGGAGGUCAACCCUUCCUUAGACAUGGCCGAGUCCGAUUUCCAGAACAAUGUGAUGCGCUGUCGGUGCAAAUACGACGGAGCACGAGUUUUCCUCUUCGGCUGCCACGCAGGUGAUGGUUACAGCGCUGAAGUGGAGGACUUGUUCGACCAUCAACGGCAGAUUUCCAACAACUUCCUGUGAAACAGUG